ACCAAAGAAACCAACUCUCGGCACAAGACGCACGCUUUUUACAACAAUAGCCAUCUACGACAAGUCAUGGCUGAAGUGGAUGAUGGGGCGUCGGCUCCUGUCUCGGAGCCACUCGAUCUUGUGCGCCUCUGUCUCGACGAGAUUGUUUUUGUGAAGCUGCGAGGGGACCGAGAAUUGAAAGGCAGGCUACACGCCUACGAUAGUCACUGCAACCUGGUCUUGGGCGAUGUGGAAGAGACAGUGUACGUGGUGGAAGAGGAUGAGGAUGAAGAAGAGGUCGUGAAGACUAUCCACAAGAAGUCAGAGAUGCUGUUUGUUCGAGGCGAUAGCGUUGUCCUCAUCUCUCCCCAGGCGCCAUCAUAGUCUUGAAAAGCCGCGCGGAAAUCGGA